GGGGAUUCCGACUGGAAGGGAAAACACAUGACCCGAAUUGAUUGGAAAGGCCACGAUGCACUGCGGAACGAGUGGAAAGCGCUGUGGUACAGCUCAGAGGUACCUUAUCGAAAGGUAUCCUCCCUUAUAUAAGGUCGUUUUGCCCUACUCCCCCCCUUCCCCCCGUCUCCGUGUCCCUCCCUCUCUUGACUCCUUCAACCAUGCCGGCCGCAAUCCCCACGACCCAGACCGUCGCUCGUGUCUACGAACUGGGCGGCGGCGUCCAGUUCGAAGACGAUUAUCCCGUUCCGACCCCGGCGAACAAUGAAGUGCUUGCCAAGGUGCUGUACACUGGAGUCUGCCAAAGCGAUCUGCACACCAAGGCCGGAACCGCAGCCGGCGCCGACGGUAAUCCCAUCACCAACAUCAAAUUACCGCACAUCGGCGGCCACGAGGGCGUCGGUCGGGUCAUCGCUCUCGGCCCCGGCUGUGCGUCGGAUAUCCACGUCGGGGACCUCGUCGGCAUCCGCUUUGCCAGUCGCAUCUGUCGCCGCUGCGAGUUCUGUCUGGCCGGCAAGGAGCAGCAUUGCAUCCGCGGCACGAACCACCUGCACCACGAAGACGGCAGUUUCCAGGAGUAUAUCGCCCUGGAUGCGGAUUAUCUCACCGUCUUGCCCCAAGAUAUCGAUCCCGCCAUCAUCGGACCCGUUCUCUGUGCCGGCGUCACGGCGUACAAGGCGGUCCUGAAUUGCGGUUUGAGAGCCGGAGAGUGGCUUGUCGUAGUGGGAGCCGGAGGGGGGCUGGGCCACCUUGCGGUUCAGUAUGGGCUUGCUGUGGGCGCGCAGGUCCUCGCCGUCGAUAGUGGGAGUGAGAAGGAGAAGUUCGUCAAGGAACUGGGUGUUCAUGCGUUCAUUGAUUUCGCACAAACCAAGGACUUGAUCCAGGACGUGCAUGAUAUCACUUCCGGAGGGGCUCACGCGGUGGUCGUCACGGCGGGGAGUCCGAAGGCUUUCAAAUCCGCUGCGGACAUGCUUCGCGUUGGUGGCAUUCUCAGCUGUGUCGGGAUCCCGCCGGGAAAGGCCUUUAUCGAAGUCCCAGUCUGCACCAUCGUCAUCAAAGGACUUCGCAUUACGGGGAACCUCGUGGGGUCUCUAAAAGAGUGUCUCGAGGCUGUCGAACUUGUUCGCCGCGGGGUCGUCAAGCCAAAGGUUUCCGUCAGGCCGUUCAAAGAUCUCCCAGCUGUAUAUGAAGAAUUAGAAAGGGGAGACAUUGCGGGCAGGAUAGUUCUGAAGGUCAGUCAAGAUGUAGAUUAGAUGAGAACCAAGUAGAAUAGACGUAGAAUAAGAACGUCAAGACACGCAUUUCCACUUGU